AUGCCGGGCUACGGCUUCCUGAGUGAAGACGCCGAGUUUGCUGAAGCCUUGCAUCGGGCUGGGAUUGUCUUCAUCGGUCCCUCACCACAAUCCCUCCACGACUUUGGGCUGAAGCACCGUGCGCGUGAACUGGCAUUCCAAGCCGGUGUUCCCGUCGUGCCCGGAACCGGCAUGUUGCCCGGCCUGGAGGAGGUAGAGGCGGCUGCUCGCCACUUGGGAUAUCCGAUCAUGGUCAAGGCCAGCGCCGGCGGUGGCGGCAUGGGACUCCAAGUGUGCCACCGCCCGGAAGAACUCGAAGCGGCAGUCGAGAUGGUUCGAAGUCGAGGCCAGACACUGUUCAAGAACUCAGGCAUGUUCCUGGAGAAAUAUAUCCCCAACAGCCGUCACAUCGAGGCCCAAGUCUUCGGCAACGGCAAAGGAGACGUGCUGUUCUUCGGCGAACGGGAAUGCUCGCUCCAGCGGCGGCACCAGAAAGUGGUGGAAGAAGCACCCAGCCCGUUUGUGAUGCGGCAUGCCCAGCUACGCAACCAGUUACGGCAGUCGGCGGUGGCUCUGGCCGCCUCGGUGCUCUACAAAUCCGCCGGCACGGUCGAGUUCCUGGUCGACGACGACAGCGGCCACUACUACUUCCUCGAGAUGAACACGCGGCUCCAAGUCGAGCAUGGCAUCACCGAGCUGUGCUACGACGUGGACCUGGUCGAGCUCAUGCUGAAGCAAGCUGCCGAGGAGCUGGCGGGCGGGAGUGAUGGGGAUGGGAACAGGACCGGUGGAUUAUCUCCUGACCAACUCCAACCCUAUACCAGGCACGCUCCCACCGGCCAUGCGAUCGAGGUUCGCGUCUAUGCCGAAAACCCCGCCAAAGACUUUUCCCCGGCGCCGGGGUUAUUGCAGCACGUCGAGUUCCCGGCCGGUGACGAGGGUCAGGUUCGGGUUCGAGUCGACAGCUGGGUCCGAUCGGGCACGGUGGUCUCGCCGUCUUUUGAUCCCUUGCUGGCCAAGAUCAUGGUCCAUGCCGCCACGCGCGAGGCCGCCAUCACAGCCUUGCAGCAGACGUUGAAAGAUACCAGAUUACAAGGGCCCCCGACGAACUUGGAUUUCCUUCUUCAAUUGUCCCACAGUCAAGAUUUCAUCCAUGGCAGGACUUUGACCAACACUCUCGAAACCAGCUUCGACUACCGUCCUUGUGCCCUGGAAUUCUUGGAGCCCGGCGCAUAUACCACGGUGCAGGAUUUCCCCGGCCGGUUGGGCGUACCGGGCGGAGUGCCUGUGUCGGGGCCGAUGGAUGACCUUUCAUUCAGACUCGCCAAUCUCAUCGUGGGAAAUCCACCCGGCACCGAAGGGUUCGAGCUGACGUUGAGCGGACCGCGCAUCUUGUUCUAUUCGCCCGCUACCAUUGCACUGUGUGGUGCUCCCUUCUCUUUUGCCAUCGACGCACGACCGGCCCGUUUGUACACUCGCCAUCAAGUGGCUGCAGGGUCGAUUGUCGCCAUUGGAGGAACCGAUGUCGGCUCUAAAGCAUACCUGGCGGUGCGUGGUGGACUACCCAGUGUUGCUCACUAUCUCGGUUCUAAGAGCACGACUCCGGCGGUUGGAUGGGGAGGCUAUCAGGGCCGCACCAUCCGCGCGGGCGAUUACCUGUCCCUCGACCCCUCCAGCAGCGACCCGCCGACCCCCCCGCUAGACGAGGACGAGUACACCCUCCCAUCGGCGUGGGUGCCUCCGAUCGACCCGAGUCCCCGUCUCUACUGCCUGCCCGGGCCAUACUACUGUCAGGAGUUUCUAAGUGCGGCGGGCCAAGCGCAGCUCUUUACGAGUGAGUGGAAAGUGUCGUUCAACUCGAACCGGGCCGGCAUCAGGCUGGACGGGCCACCCCCCGAAUGGGCGGAGGCGCGCGUCUCGGCCGGCGGCGGCGAGGGAGGAAGCCAUCCCAGCAACGUGCUCGGCUACGGCUAUCCGCUCGGCGGGGUCAGCUUCACCGGCGACUCGGCCGUCGUCAUCCCCGUCGACGGUGCCAACCAGAGCGGCUUUGUGUGCACCCACACCGUCGUCCGCGCCGACCUGUUCCGCCUGGGCCAGGUGCGGCCCGGCGGUAGUGUUUGGUUCCGUCUGAUCAGCUGGGCCGACGCGGUGGCCUUGGAGGCGCGGAAGGAAGCUUUUCUCCGCCGCGUGCAAGAACACGUCCAAGGGAAGAUGCGUCGAGAUGUAGAUGCAGAAGGAGAUGCAGAGGUAGUUGCAGAUGCAGAUGCAGAGGGCGACAAUGGUGAUUUUGGUGUUGCUGACGGCCAGAGAAUUGGCCCAGGCCUCGACUGGACUCUGUCAACCAGUUCUGCAGUGUCGGCGUCAGCGUCGGCGUUGGCAGGCAAUGGUCACGGUCACGAUCACGACGACGGAAUCUUAUACGAGCGCCCGUCAGCGCAUGACAACAACCGUAUCACUCCCCGCCUCACGCUUCGACAAGCCGGCGACCGGGGCAUUCUGUGCGAAUUCGGCUCGCAGCAAUUCGACCUGCGAUUCCGGGCGCGGGCGCAACAGAUAGCGGACGCGGUGGAGUCAGAGUCAAGCACUCAUUCCGAACAAGGACCGUGGUUCGGGUUCAUGCGCAACACAGUGCCGGAAAACAACUCGAUACUACUGACAUACGACCCGGAUCUCAUCUCACAAGCGACGGCGGUGUCAACGAUCGUCCGACUAGAGGCCCAACUGCCCGGCGUCGAGUCGGCGCGGUUUGCCAGCCGCAUAGUCCGGCUGCCGCUGCUGUUCGACGCGGACGAGAUCCACGCCUCUUCGCGCCGCUACAUGGCCGCCCAGAGGCCGUACGCCGCCUACCUGCCGGACAGCGUCGACUUUAUCCGUCGCAGCAACGGCUUGGCUGCCCGCGAGGACGUCGAGGCCGCCUAUCUCGCCACCCCGCUGCUCGUCAACGCCGUGGGUUGGAUCGCCGGUCUGCCUAUUUACAUCCCGGUCGAUCCGCGCAAGAGGCUCGUCGUGCCGAAGUUUAAUCCUUCUAGGACCGUGACGCCGGCGGGGGCGACUGGGACGGGAGGCAUGACUUCGUCGAUUUAUCCUUAUGAAGCGCCGGGCGGAUACGUUCUCUGGGGUAUGACCCUCCCUGGCUGUUGCUGGGACACGUACGGGCUCAAACCAGGCUACAGCCCCGACCAGCCAUGUCUAUUCCGGCCCUUCGACCAGAUCAUCUUCUACUCGGUCGACCGAGCGCAAUACGACAGUCUGGUGCGCCGGUUCCAGAUGGGUCUGUUGGAUCUGAGUCGGGACAUUGAGCCCACCGUCUUCGACAUGGCCCAGUACAGUCGACUCGUGGACCAGACGGCUGAUGAAGUCGCUCGCAUUCGUGCCGUGCAGAAACAAUGUACCUUGGUCGAAUUGGCUAGAGAGGCAGAGCUACUGAAGCAGUGGAAGGACGAAAUGGAACUUGCCAGUGCCAAUGCGAAUGCAACGACUGACGGCAAGGAUGGAGGGAAACCCCAGCAUGAGCAUGCACUCGACAUUGCUGGUGUUGGUGUAGCUGUCGCUAUCGCAGUCGCUGCCGGGAUUGGCGUCGGCGUCGGUGUUGGUAUUGGUGUCGUUGUUGGUGUUGGUGUCAGUGUCGGGCAGACCCAGAUUGACGAGUCUAGAGUCAAUCUGGGUUUGGAGAUUGCACGCCAUGAACAUCAACUAAUUCCAUUCUUUCCAGCUCCGCACAUCGUCAAAGUCACAGCCACCAUGACCGCACGCAUGUGGAAAGUCCUCGUACAGAAAGGCGACGCCGUCGCGCCCGAAGACACAGUGGCUAUUUUGGAAGCCAUGAAGAUGGAGAUUGCGGUCCAUGCGCCGGGUUUUCCUGUUCUUAUUGCCCAAACUUCUGAUCCGACGACGAAGACGACGAUAGCGACAACAAUAGCGAAGACGACAAAGACGACAACAAUUAAAAUGAAUGUCAACACAUAUCAGGUCAUCGAGGUCUUGAAAGAGCCAGGAGAUACAGUCGAUGCCGGCGAUGUCAUCAUGCUACUUGAUCCGGCUGCGGGUCCGGUUCAGACAUAG